AUGAUGCCCAACGCGUCGGUCGAGAGCAAUCCUCCUCAAGAUCCAGCCACUGAAGAUGAAGGUACCAUAGAUCUUGCCAAUUUGACUGUCUCUGGAGACAUCUUCGCGGGUAACGAAUCUGGAGCUGAGACCGUCGCGAUACAAGAAACUGUCGUCUCCACCUUGACUGCCCCUGGAGAUGAUGCAGCACCCCUCGACCAAAAGCCCUCCAUCGCCGAGGCCAUCGACUCCGCCUCGAAGGUUCCCAAAGACAGCUGUCAUGAAGUGAUCAUUCAGCAAGUCAACGAUCUCAAGACCAAGAACAAGUUUAACCACGAGGAUCUCACCAAAAUCUCUUGCGAAGCCAAACGACAUCUCUACGAAUGCAACGAUUACCAUCUCCAGAUCAUGCAGUACAAGCUCGCCUUUGGCGCCGGCACGUCUCGUAUCCUUGCCCGUUCUGACGGCAGCAUCAACCACUCCAACGACGGGAAAAUAAUCAUGGCCUCCACCGUGUUGCAGUUCGACAUCGAAAGGAUCAAGUCGCUGGGAGCCUUCUACGCGGCACAGAAGAAGUACUUCACCCUGCUUGGAGAGAUGCAAGAGAUUGAGGAUGAGAUCAAACAUUCGCUGGCCACUACCAUCGAGACUGGUGUUGCGUCUGACGGGUUCUACGACGAGAUGGAGGAAACAAGAGGCAGAAUCGCAGACAUGGAGGAAUCUUGUCUCGGCGUGAGAGAAGGCUGGCUUGGAUGGUUGGACGAGCUUUCCUGA